AUGGACUCGGGCCGUAGUGGAGGUGUCUGUAGGCAUUUCAUAAAUGGCUCUUGCAGAUUUGGUCCAAGGUGUAAUUAUCGACACGAAUGGCCAGUUAUACCGCCAUCCCAAGUAUGUUGGUUCUUUCAGAAAGGUGGAUGCUGGUAUGGUGAACGCUGCAGGUAUCUCCAUGUCCUUCAACCUGAAGCUGCUGCAGCUUUUACAGGUAGAAGAGGUUCGGUGCCGAACGUCUCCUCCUCCAGGGUGGCUCGCGCUCCACCUGACAGAAGAGGGUCAGAGCCUGCUCUUCUGCAGGCUGAGGUGAUGUCCAGGCAGGAAUGCAGCAGAUCAGAGACGGUGGUUGAUCUAUCAGAUGCUCAACACAACACUGGGCGCCUGGUUUCAGAUGUUACUGAAGAACGAUCAGAUGAUACUGACUCUCUUCUGACUGCUUCUUGGGAAUCGGUCCAAAGCUCAGUCAUUGCUCAAGCAGGUGCAUGUGGUCAAAGAAAUGAACAGCAGACAUCUUCAGCUGAGACAACAGAGGAUGGGGCUGCGGCUGCGGCCUCUAGUGCCCAGGGGAAUGUAAAGGAAAUGGAGGCCCUCCUCCAGAGUAAAAAUGUGAGCUGUGGGAUCUGCAUGGACAAGGUGUAUGAAAAGACGGAUCCAAGAAACCAUGUUUUUGGUAUCUUGCCAAACUGCAAUCACUCCUUCUGUUUACAAUGCAUCAUGACCUGGAGGAAAACAAAAGACCUCGGGCUGGACGUGGUAAAGACCUGCCCACAGUGCAGAGUGAGGUCUCCCUUUUAUGUGCCGAACAAAUACUGGGUUGAAGGACAAGCAAAGGAAAGUGUAAUUGCUGCCUUCAAAGAGAAAUGCAGUAAGAAAAGCUGCAGUUACUAUGCACGAUACAGAUGUUGUCCCUUCAAAACGGAGUGCCUUUAUCGCCAUGAUAAACCCACACGUAGCAGAUCAUUCCCGUAUCCUACAGAAGAUGAAGACGACUACGAUGGCGUAGAUCUGCUUAAUUUUUUCAUAGCCAUGACCUUUCUUGGCGAUGAAGACGACGACGAUGACUAUGACUUUCGUUUUUACCUAACUGAGGAGUAUGGUUUCUGAGCUUUUUCAUUCUUUUUGUCAGUGCCUGAAGCCACUGAAUGGGGUGUCAACUAUACAUACUCAGUUGCCCCAUUGACCCCUCUGUCCUCCUCGAAGCUUUUGAGUAGCCAUGAUCAGGAUCAAGGUUGUCAACCAUGCACCACGGAGUGCCAAGUGUGUUGAUGUUUUUAAUUAGUCAGACGACAGCAGGUGAUUUAGAAGAACUUACCUAGAAAUUGCUUUCUACAGUCUGGUUGGAAAUAAAAUGUGUACACUAGCUCUCCACGGCACUCGGUUUGUUGCCCUGGAUUUAGAUAAAAGCACCCCAGAUAGAAAUCCAGUAUUUGUCCUACCUCUAACGAUUUUGUGUGUAAUUUGUGGUCUUCUAGUUAAAGGUUUUCCUUUACCCUCCCGUGGCCAUAGUGCUUCAAACUUGUUGCGGAUUGUUAAUUUCUCCUUUACCUCUCUACUGAUUUGAUGAGUGAUAAUUUCUGACUCCUCCCCUAGCAGUUUGCACCAGUUUGAUAUUUUAAAGUGUGGUGUGGAUGGUAGUUUUAAUUGUCUAAAGAUAAAAAGUGUACU